AUGGAGAGCUUGGUGGAGAAUGACGAUGGCCAACUCACCAUCAAGAACCUGCAGCCACCCACCAAACGAACCCCAACCAGCACUUUGUCGAAAGAGCAGAAGGAAGAGCAGAAGCAUGUUGCCGAGGCCCGUAAAAAAUACGGACGUGGUCUUCCUGUGCGUGUCAACGAGGUCAAAGACAAGAAGCUGCGUGCAAAUUUGAAACGCAUCGAGAACAAAUAUCGGACUGCAGUCUUGCAUGCGAAAGAUGCCGAAAUUCUGUACGAGAACGAGGAAGGCUUCUUACAACCGGAGAGCGAACUUGAGAAGACGUACAAAGUCAGGCAGAAUGAUAUUUUGGAGGCUGUUGGAUCGCAGCAAGCAAAUAAAUCCAUCAACUUCAGACUAGAUCUAGGUCCCUACGUGUCCGACUACACCAGGAAUGGCCGAAGCCUCUUGCUUGCCGGAAGAAAGGGCCAUGUUGCUACAUGUGAGUGGCGCGAUGGGAAACCUGGCUGCGAGCUCCACCUCAAUGAGACGAUAAGAGACGCGAAAUGGCUACACAAUGACCAGUACUUUGCAGUGGCGCAAAAGAAGCAUACCUAUAUCUACGACCAGGCAGGAGUCGAGAUCCACUGCCUCAGGAAAUAUGUUGAGACAACGCACCUGGAGUUUCUGCCCUACCACUUCCUGCUCGCGGGCAUUGAGACCAGUGGAUUCUUGCGGUAUACGGAUACCUCGACAGGACAGAUCGUGUCGGAAUACUCCACCAGAAAAGGCGCGCCAACCUCUCUCGCCCAGAACCCGUAUAAUGCAAUUCUACAUGUCGGUCAUCAAAAUGGUACGGUCUCCCUCUGGUCGCCGAAUUCGACCACGCCGCUGGUCAAGAUCCAGUCGAACGCUGGCCCAGUCCGAUCGGUGGCAAUUGAUCGUUCUGGAAACUAUAUGCUUUGCGGUGGACAAGACCUCCGACUAAAGCUUUGGGACAUCCGAGCAAUGAAAGAGAUACAUUCUUACACCACGCGGCAGCCUACAUCUUCGAUCGACAUCUCCGACCGAGGUCUUGCUGCCAUUGGAAGUGGAACCGGUGUCACACUUUGGAAAGAUCUCUUGACAACUUCCACUGGGCCCGACCCUGCGAAGGUCCAGUCCCCGUACUUACACUGGGGCGAUGCUGGCUGCCGUGUGGAGCGGGUUCAAUUCUGUCCUUUCGACGAUAUACUGGGCAUCUCCCAUGUCCAAGGGUUCAGUAGCAUCAUCAUUCCCGGCGCCGGGGAACCCAAUUACGAUGCUCUCGAAAUCAACCCAUACGAGACGAAGAAACAACGACAGGAAGCUGAAGUGAAGUCACUCCUUACCAAGCUGCAACCGGAGACCAUUGCUCUGGACCCGAACUUCAUUGGAACGCUGGACAUCCGCAGUGCAGAACAGCGGGCGAGGGAGAAGGACCUGGACGCUCCUGCUGUUGACCCCCUGGCCAAAUUGAGGGAGAAGGAGCGGAAUCGAGCCCGAGGCAAGAAUAGUGCGUUAAGACGGCACUUGAGGAAGAAAGGUGGGAAGAAUAUCAUUGACGAGAAGAGUAUGCACCUGGAGGAGAUGAAAAAGGAGCGUUCGGAAAGGGAAAGACAGAAGCUGAAGAGGGACAAGGUCGAGUUUGGGCCUGCACUGGAGAGAUUUGCCAGGAGAGCAGUGUAG